AUGCUGAGUAACAAACUAAAAGAUAAGACAUUGGAUAGCGAUGAAAGCCAACAAAUACAGAUAGAGAAGAGUCUUCAUCAAGCCAAGGCCGACACUUUUUUUGUUGAUUUAAAAGAGAAGAGCCAACUUGCUCUUAAUAAUGAAGAAUGCGUAGUAUUAACAUUUGAUUAUCAGCAGAAUAUGCCAUUACCUAAAAUUCCAGCAGUCAGUGUUACAACGGGAACGCCAGUAUUUGAUUAUUUUCCUAUAAUGAGAAAUGCUCAAGCCCAACUAUCAGUUCUGCCUCAGAAACCGCUGUAUGAUCAUGCAUUGCCGUUGAAAAAGUCUAAAUACAACCAUUUUAUGCAGUUGGUAAAGAACUAUGUUCCACCAAAUAAACUGUAUUUCUACAGGGCCAUUAAAAGUGAAGCUGUCGGACCAAGAGAUGAUAUUUCUAGCGAAAACGACGAUGAUCAAGCUGAAGUUAACCUUUAA